AUUUGUGUUAGUUACGUACUUCUAUUGGGGUGGCGCUCAACAUAUAGCUAACACUUAGUUACAGUUUUUAUUAUUAUUUGAUAUAUUUUAUUAUUAUGGAAAGAAGUAAUUAUGUAUUUAGAAAUUGUAUUAUUAAUAAUAAUGAAAGUGAAAUCAUUGAAAUACUCAAUUGUGGAUUUGACCCAAAUUUAGAAGGUGGUUGGCCAAUUAGAUUAGCCGCACGUCAUGGACGAUAUUCCAUUGUUAAACUACUACUACAGCAUGGAGCAAACCCUCACUUAUUAAGUGCUUCUGGUGCAUCAACAUUGCAAUUGGCUGUAUACUCUAGUCACGAAUGGGAAAGCGAUAGUUGGUCUUUUUUAUUGUCUUGUUGUGAUUCUUCUCAGUUGGCAGAUGGUGCCGCUGUAGCAAUAAUUUUUCAAAAUGUAACAGCACUCAAGAAAAUAUUAGAAACUGGUCGAUGUAAUACUAAUAUACCUACAACUUUAACAGGUAAAACUGUUGAAGAUUUGGCAAAAGGAUACAAACUUCAGUGUCUAUUAAAUACUGCGCCAUUUACAAAUAAUUAUCUAAACGUGCGCACACCAGUAACCUCACCAAGAAUUUCAAGGCAGAGUAGACCGGAUACAGGAAAUUUAAUAGCUUUACAGCAAUCGCAACAAGUUAGCAAUUUAUCGCCAUCUGUUGCUAGAUUUUUUCAUCAAACAGCAGCACAAACAUCAUUGACUCCACCAAGAAAUAACUUAGUUACUUCUUCGCCAACUGUCGAAUGAUAAACAUAAAUUAAUUGCAAGAUCCCUUUGUAAAAUAG